ACAUAUAAUCAAAGGUUUUUUAGACACAUACCUAGAUUUUUUCUUAAUAGUAAAAAUAUUAUUUUUGUUGAAAGAGUACAAGAGAUGAUUGCCGUGGUUGCACCCGAACACGAGAAUAUACGUCUCGCCAUUGAAAUGAUUCUUCCCCAACGUGAUAUACAAACAUCUUCAUUUCUUAGAGUUUCAGGGGCUGGUAUGUCAAUUGCAGUUCAUGUUAACAAUCAAUGGCACAUUGUAAGGAUCUCUGCUGGUUUCUUCGAACACUUCGAUGCCCGUACUACAACAGGAAGGACAGUGGGAGUGGAUAUCUUCCAAUUUUAUGAUUUUCUAGCUCCUCACUUGAAACGUAAUUCGCGUUUCACCAUCAUAGUUGAGAAUGAAGGAUCUACUUCGGAUCGCAUCAGGAUGAUUGGCAUGGUUGGGAACGGACACAAGACUUUAAGUCGCGCCAUUGAAAUGAUUCUUCCCCCAAAUAAUAUACAAACAUCUUCAUUUCUCAGAGUUUCAGGGGCUGGUUUGUCGAUUGCAGCUCAUGUUAACAAUCAAUGGCACAUUGUAAGGAUCUCUGCUGGUUUCUUCGAAUACUUCGAUGCCCGUACUACAACAGGAAGGACAGUGGGAGUGGAUAUCUUCCAAUUUUAUGAUUUACUAGCUCCUCACUUGAAACGUAAUUCGCGUUUCACCAUCAUAGUUGAGAAUGAAGGAUCUACUUCGGAUCGCAUCAGGGUAAGGUAUCAAGGUAAGCAGCAUUUUUGUGGAAUUCAUAUGCUUGCUAUGUGUGCGUAGGUUCUUCUCAAUGUUGAGUGAUACGUAGCAUUUAUAUUCUAUAAGAAGUUAGUACGUUUUAAUAGCCAGUGGAGAAUUAACACUACAAGCAGAUGUAUCUAUAGUGAUGAAAGUUUUCCAUCAGUAUACACCCUUUUUCUGUCAGUAUAGACCCCCAGGGACUAUUCCGAUGGAAGAGCUUUCCGUUGGGGCAUCCUCGUCACUAUGGGGUAUAUACCGACGGGCUAAUCCGUGGAUAUAAACCAUGGGAUCUAUU